AUGGAAGCAAAGAACGAAAAGCCAAUCACGGUCGACGAAAUCAAAGCCUUGGCUCAAAAGAUCUUACCGGCAUAUGUCUGGCGCUAUUACGCUGAUGGAGCUGAUGAUCAAGUGACAACGUUGCGGAAUCAAGAGGUAUAUAGAACUCUUGUCAUUCGUCCACGCAUUCUUCGAAAUAUAUCUUCAAUUGAUACUUCAACACGGAUAUUCGGGAAAUACUACGACAUACCCAUAGCAAUCGCACCGAGCGCAUAUCAGCGACUAGCUGGAUACAACGGCGAGAUAGACGUUGCCCAAGCCGCUUUUGCCCGUCGCACCAACAUCUGCCUGUCGUCCAACGCGACAACAUCCCUCGAAGACGUCGCCCAAGCCCUACCAAAACGCGACGGGAAGUAUCCUAAACCAUGGUUCCAACUAUACUUUGUUCGUUCCCGUGAUAUAACGAAAGAGCUUAUCGAGCGAGCAGAACGAGCGGGCUAUGAAGCUCUCGUCCUGACAGUGGAUACGACGACCAUGGGGAAUCGCCUGCACGAACGGAAGAAUCCGUUAAAGUUGCCUGCUGAUUUGAGCAUGGCUAACAUGACUACAAUCAAAGGCGGUGGCGCAUCCAAGGGUCGAUUGAUUCUGAAUGCCGAGACUGCGGAAGAGGCUGCCAAGAUUGAGAGGGAGCAUUCGGGUCUUCUCAUUGACUCGGCCUUGACGUGGGCAGAGACAAUUCCCUGGCUACGAUCUCAAACAAACAUGAAGAUCAUACUCAAGGGAAUUCUCACAGCUGAAGACGCCCUCUUAUCAGUAGAAGCAGGUGUCGACGCCAUCAUUGUGUCAAAUCACGGAGGUCGUCAACUCGACAGUGUUCCAGCAACUCUUGAGGCUUUACCUGAAGUUUCUGACGCUGUAAAGGGCCGCAUUCCGGUUUUAUAUGACGGCGGGAUCAAGACUCAGCGCAAGUUGAUGAGUGAUGAGCUCUCACAGAGUCUAGAGACAAGAACUGCUGCGUCUCUGCUAGCUGAUAUUGACUCGGCUGGCGAGAAGAUGGCUGUUGAUAAUUCUGGCUCGGCUUUGAUCAGAGGUCCAUUUGGGGUGUUCCAGUCAAUUGGAGACUAUGUAUCUCCAGAUACUGUCGAGUAUUCGCCUGAUACCAAUACCGAUGAUACCUUUACAAGCAUGUAUCCCGAAACAGACGGCUUUAUCGAGGAUAUCCAGCGAUCGGAUUGGCCGGAUCAACUUCCUACUGAUGAAUUGGAUAUCUUUACUGCAUCACUAGACCCGCAUUUUGAGAUCAUCGACGAUCCAAGUAUAGUCGAUCAAGUACACGACUGCUCAAUGACGAGCUUCUUUAUGGAUGACCAUACGGGUGCCGAAGGACUGAUUUUCAGCCCGGGAUUUAUGUCACAGGUCAUCGGACCUCCCGAGCCUGGGCCAGAAGAGAAUCUCGACUCAGAACCUGUCACUGAUAUAAUCCCGUACCCGAGAGAAACACCACAUAGUCGCGCAAGUAUACCCGAAGAAGCAGGGCAUCUACUCAGACACUACAGACAGAACAUGGCUCGUCGGACAACAAUGCAGGCAAAGCGCAAAUCACCCUGGGAAAUAAUAUUUCUUCCCUGUGCGCUUGAGACCUUUGCAGAGUUAUCUCUCUGGAAUGAAGCAUCUCAUACUCGUUCGUCGAUAUUUUAUACCCUUCUCGCUCAUAGUGCCCUGCAACUUCAUAUCUCGGGAUCUGAUUCAAAUUGGAAGGAAAUUGGGUUGAAGAACCAUGAACGAGCACAGAGUCAUUUGAGACAGGCGCUUCAGCAUGAGGUGUUUGGACCCAAGCAGGCUAGUUAUAAGGAGCUUUUGAUGGCUAUCCUUGCUAUGGCUAUGACUUCGCUCCACAAUGGUACACGUGCGUUUAGAAUAUUCCUCCUCGAUGCAGAACGUCUUAUCCGAUUAAGAGGUCUAGUUAACCAAAACCCAUUUGAGACACGUCUUUUGCACCACAUGUACACUCACCUACGCGUCAUCGCAGAAAGCAUGUCUCUCUGCACAGAAGCAAUCACUGAGAGUUCCACCAGCGAAAACCAAGUGCAAGAACUCAGUCGAACGUUUCGUAUCACGGAAGAGGGUUUGAACAUUGGUCUUGACCCUGCACAAGAAAAGACAGACGAUAUAGGCUACAACGAUAUCCACUUGGAAGUCCAAGGGCGCUGGAAUCAUACGCUGUAUCCUGUUAUAUAUGGCAUUCCGGAGAGUCUGAUGACGCUUCUGAGUCAGACUGUUUCUCUCUCGAAUGAGAAAGCUCGGCUUGAGAAUAUUGCGCGUUGCAAUCCUGGUAUAUCAGAAGCGCUGGCAAAGCAUACAAAAACACUCGAAAACAGAAUAUGGGCCUGGCCUUCCACUUUGGACCCUACAGGACCCGUCGAAGUAUCCUCCAGAACAACCGAUCUCGUCACCCAGCCCCAGAUCCGCUCCAUGACACUCGCCAUCCACCAAGCCCUAGUAAUCUACUUCUACCGUCGCGUCUACGACAUGAACGCCAUGAUUCUGCAAGAUCUAGUCCGCAAGACGCUGGAUUAUCUAGAGCCUUGCUUGAGCGAUUUGAUAGACGAGCAGGACUUUGCGACGAGUUUGGCGUGGCCUGCUUUUGUGGCGGGCUGUGAAGCUGUCACGCCAGAGUUGCAGGAGAGAGCGUUGGUUUGUCUUGGAGUGACGGAUGAGAGGGGCGUUUAUUUUACGAGGGAGCCGGCGAGGGUGGUUGUGCCGUUGAUUUGGGAGGGGAGGAGGAGGUCGGGGGAUUGGAGUGUUAGUUGGCAGAGUCUUGUGGUCGAUGGGUUGGGGUAG